AUGCGGCUUGAUAUUUUGCCAAAUGAGGGCUCUAAAUUUGAUAAUAGUGUUCUAGUGUCCAAGAUCCAGGCGCAGGCGAUACACUUACAUGUGAGCCGAGAGAACGCUCUUGGAGUGGCUCUAUCGAACUCUUUUCGCUCCAGAUGUAAGCGGUGA